GGGGAAGGUCCUGGAGGCGUCUGGUUGAGGAUGAGUGUGUUGAGAGCGGUGACGUUUGUGUUUCUUGGCGUGUGUGGGAUCUGCGUAUCUCUGUACGCCAUCCACGUGGAGGAGAUGGCCAAGGUGCCGGGCUACGUCGCCUCAUGCGACUUUGGCAAGUUUGCCUCAUGCUCACGGGUACCUACCCUGCGCACAGUCCAAAGCCGCCAAAAGCAAUGGAUGGCCGGAUGCUGCAUGCUGCAUGUGAAUGCAAUGUGUUUGUUGUGUGCAGGUCUUGUCGAGCGAGUAUUCUCACUUCUUGCGGUGGGCCGGUGCGGUGCCGCGGAACCACCCACUCGACGUGUCAAACGCCGUGCUCGGUGGGAACGGAACGCAUUGCAAAGUCAGGGCCAGCCAUGGGAGAUCUCGAUUGGUGCCUGUGUGUGUGUGUCAGGUGUGAUGUUUUACGUGCUGAUAGUUCUGUUUCCGUUGAUCCCGGGUCGUGGCAAGAGGCUGGGCUACCUGCUCAUGUGCACACUCUCGCUGGUGGGUGAGGCUGGUGGUGGUGAGCCUGGCCGUGUUUCCGCGCCACUCGUGUGUGUGUGUGUAUAUGACUGACUGGCUGUGUGUGUGUGUGUGUGUUUAGGCCUUCAGCGUCUUCCUGGCGUACAUCCUCUAUUUCAUCCUUGUCGAUUUCUGCGCCGUCUGCGUGUCCACAUACGUCGUAAGCACACAAAGGCAGACAGACAGGCAAACAGACACCCAAACGGGGAAACACAGGCCAAAGCCAUUCUCUCUCUCUCUCUCUCUGUGUGUGUGUGUGUGUGGUGGUAUGUGCGCGGCAGUUGAAUACUCUGAUAUUCCUGGCGGUGCUGCGCGAGUAUCGAAGCCCGCCGACAGCACCCAAAGCGAAGAAGAAGGCAACGUGAGUGAUUGAUGGCGGGGCACGACCAGACCAGCUGCAUGGGCGAAUUCAGGAGGGAGAGCGGG